CACAAGACGUUAGAAAAACACGAAUCAGGAGCCUGUUUUGAGCCUCGCGGUUCGCCGUAGCGUGUCUUGUUGUCAUCAUUGCCUCAUCUUCCCGUCCCGUUUGUAGCAAACAUUAGCUUUAGCCUUAGCUUUUGUAACAAUGUCUCCGUGGUCAGUUCGCACGCAUUUCAUCUGAAAGCAGGUUCACAUUUACAAUAACAUUAUUUUGUGUUUUAUUAUACUGUAAUACGCAGUGUGGGAUAGGCCCCGCCCUCCGCGGAGGUAAACAAAAUAUAUCUUCGUCACUGAUCGAGCUGCCACCAUCACCCGAGCUGUCUCCUGUUAAUGGAAAUAAACAUCGUCUCGUCAUGAAUUGUCGAUCAGAAGUCCUCGAAGUGACCGUGGAGGCGAGGCAGGUGGAAGAGGCCAUGCUGUCUUUGCUGCACACCAUCUUACUGCACCGCAGCACCGGGAAGUUUCACUACAAAAAGGAGGGCACCUACUCCAUAGGUACCGUGGGGACACUGGACAUCGACUGUGACUUCAUCGAUUUCACCUUCGUCAGGGUGUCCUCAGAGGAGCUGGACAGGGUCAUCAGGAAAGCUGUGUCAGAGUUCAAGGAUGCUUUGAGCAACUCUGGCAGCGAUGGCAUGGGCCAAAUCUCUCUGGAGUUUUACCAGAAGAAGAAAUCCCGCUGGCCUUUCUCCGAUGAGUGCAUUCCCUGGGAAGUGUGGAGCAUCAAGGUCAACGUCGUCAACCUGGCCAACGAGCAGGAGAGGCAGAUCUGCAGGGAGAAAGUGGGCGAGAAGCUGGGCGAGAAGGUCAUCAAUGUGGUGGAGGUCAUAAACCGCCACGAGUACCUGCCAAAGAUGCCCACCCAGUCUGAAGUGGACAAUGUUUUUGACACCAGUCUCAAGGAUGUGCAGCCGUACCUUUACAAAAUCACGUACCAGAUCACAGACUCUCUGGGCACCUCUGUAAGCACGACGAUGAGGAGGCUGAUCAAGGACACUCUGGCACUGUGAGGACAACACAGAGAGAAGAAAGAUCUAGAAGAUUUGAUCCAUAAUUGUAUAUUUAGUCAUAACUGACACCUGAUUUAAUGCUAAAACACACAAUUUGACAACUGCACUGCUGCUACAAUGAAGCCCACAAUCAGGCAUUUCUUUCAUGUCUCUGCUGCGAUUUUGGUAUUGUUUGUACCUAAUGAUUCUUGAUUGUGUAAUGUCAAUUUAACCCUUUAAAACCUGAGCAAAUUGGCUUUAUUUCUUCUAAAAACAAGGGAAGAAGGCAAGUGCAACAA